AUGGUGUUGAUAGACGAACCGAUAUAUCAACACCAUCAAUAUUAUGAGCCUGGAGGGUAUCAUCCAGUAAAAAUUGGAGAUUAUUUCCAUAAUCGCUAUCGGGUAGUCCAUAAGCUCGGUCAUGGUACAUAUUCAACUAUCUGGCUUGCUCGCGACGAGAUAUUUAAUACAAAUGUAGCAGUCAAAAUCUGCAGGGCAAGCCCUAACCGGUUCGAGAUUGAUAUACUGGCAAAGCUAUCAAACCCUAAACAGUCAUCAAACAUAGGCAGAGCUAUCAUUCCUUCUAUCUUGGAUAAGUUCAAUAUCCAAGGGCCUAAUGGUGAUCACGUCUGUCUGGUAACUAGCCCAGCAAGGAUGAGUGUCUCCGAUGCGAAGGAAUCAUGGAUUAGCCUGUUUCAACUUGAGGUAGCACGGGCCAUAGCAGCACAGCUUGGGUUUGUCCAUGGCGACGUACACCGAGGAAAUCUUCUUUUUCCAUCAUCUCGUGAGUUUACUGAAAUGUCUACUGAACAAACAUAUAAGGAAUACGGUGAGCCGGAAUUGGAGUCAGUCAGUCGGUUAGAUGGCCAAAAGCUGCCGACAGGGGUACCAGAAUAUGGUGUAGUACCUAUCUGGCUUGGAGAAUCAAGUGAAAACGUAACUCUUCCAGAAUCAAGGAUUCUACUUUCAGACUUUGGUGAAGCAUUCUCUCCAGCGAAAGAAGAAAAGUUUGAGUCUCAUACACCUCUCCUAAUCCGUCCCUCAGAAGCUCGAUUUGAACCGACAAAGUCUCUUACUUUCUCAUCCGAUAUCUGGUCACUUGCAUGCACUAUUUGGGAUAUUGUUGCCCAGAAAACACUAUUCGAAGGGAUUAUGACAAACGAAGAUGAUAUGACUUGUCUGCAAAUUGGGCUACUUGGCCCGUUACCGACCGAAUGGCAGCAAAAGAAUGGAGAUCUCGAGUUAGAGGAACAAAAUGCUCUGUUGUCGAUGUUGCGCUCGAUGCUUUCCUUUCAACCGGAAAAUCGUCCAUCUGCCCAGCAGGUUCUUGAGUCUGAAUGGAUGGUGAAAUGGGCUCUGCCCGAGUACGAAAGGUUUCACAGCAGUCAACAAUAA